CACCCGGGUCCAAUUGUAGCGAGGUCCAUCUCCAUCACGUUCCUGAACAGCCAGAAGAAACACCACAGAAGGGCUGAUCGCAACUGCCAACUGCAACCAUGAACGGCACAGAGGGACCUUAUUUUUAUAUUCCCAUGGUUAACACCACCGGUGUUGUCCGGAGUCCUUAUGAUUACCCUCAGUACUACCUUGUCAACCCAGCAGCCUACGCCGCUCUGGGUGCCUACAUGUUCUUUCUCAUCCUGCUUGGCUUCCCCAUCAACUUCCUCACUCUCUACGUCACCAUCCAACACAAGAAGCUGCGGACCCCACUAAACUACAUCCUGCUGAAUCUGGCGGUGGCUAACCUCUUCAUGGUGUUCGGAGGAUUCACCACAACCAUGUACACCUCCAUGCACGGCUACUUUGUCCUCGGACGUCUGGGCUGCAAUCUGGAAGGAUUCUUUGCUACCCUCGGUGGUGAAAUCGCCCUCUGGUCCCUGGUGGUCCUGGCAAUUGAGAGGUGGGUGGUCGUCUGCAAGCCCAUCAGCAACUUCCGUUUCGGAGAGAACCACGCAAUCAUGGGUUUGGCCUUCACCUGGAUAAUGGCUUCUGCUUGCGCUGUGCCUCCCCUUGUCGGCUGGUCCCGUUACAUCCCCGAGGGCAUGCAGUGCUCAUGCGGAGUUGACUACUACACACGAGCUGAGGGUUUCAACAACGAGUCCUUUGUGGUCUACAUGUUCGUCUGCCACUUCCUCACUCCGCUGACCAUCGUGUUCUUCUGCUACGGCCGUCUGCUCUGCGCUGUCAAGGAGGCUGCCGCCGCUCAGCAGGAGUCUGAGACCACCCAGAGGGCUGAGAGGGAAGUCACCCGCAUGGUUGUGCUCAUGGUCAUCGCUUUCCUGGUGUGUUGGUUGCCCUAUGCGAGUGUAGCCUGGUGGAUCUUCACACACCAGGGUGCUGAGUUUGGACCAGUCUUCAUGACCUUCCCAGCUUUUUUUGCCAAGAGCUCCGCCAUCUACAACCCGAUGAUCUACAUCUGCAUGAACAAGCAGUUUCGCCACUGCAUGAUCACCACCCUGUGCUGCGGGAAGAAUCCCUUUGAAGAAGAAGAGGGCGCUUCCACUACAGCCUCCAAAACCGAGGCCUCCUCUGUUUCCUCCAGCUCCGUCUCCCCUGCGUAAAGGGCCGGCAAACCCAUGCAACACGAUCUACUAUCCAAGAAGAAGACACGACUGAAGGCUAAUGUCUACUUAAACAACUUCCUUUUUGUAUUUGUACAAACAUGUUGGUUCAACCUAAAGACAGUUGCAGGAAAGAUCAGCCCAUUACAGAGUUGUUCCUGUAUGUACAGAACAUCCAACACUACUAUCUAUGAUAUUGUUUCCCUUAGAGUGAGGGAAAACUGUAAUUCUUUAACAGUUGGAUCCUAUAUGAUACUGGCUUAUCUUUGAAUGUAGACGCAUGUAAUCAAGGCAACGUAAAAUAAAACGCACUUUGCAAAUGACUCACCACGUUUAUGUUUUACUUAUAAUUGGAAUUGAUAAGCAUAAAUGAUGAUGUAGUAAAUUGUUCAAAUGAAUAAAUGUGAAUGCUAUAUUCCA